GAGGAAAAAGAAAAACACGGUGUGGCUUUCUGAGUCCUCCUCAGAGGUGGGAGUGGUCCUUCCGGUAAAUGUGAGCAGACUGCGCGUCACUGCAGUCAGCGGCAGCGCUGUAAUAUCUGCGCAGGUCCAUGCUUCAGUGAGAAGAGAAAAAAAAAAAAAAGAAAAGAAGAAAGAACAACAACAAAAGAGCAGCUCUUCACCCUCCGUGCCCUUACCGUCAGACUCAGAGGCCAGCCUCCGCCCCGCUGUCAUUUUAUUUUUACGUUUUCCAGCGUCACAUCCCCCCCUGGCCUGGCCUGGCCGGAGGAAUGUAGAGACGGAGGGGCUUUUAAAAAUAGCAUCCUCCGCUCUUACAGCGCUGCUCCGGAGGCUCCGCAGCACUCUGCUGGGAGAAGCAGGAAUGCGAAGAUGGCUGCAGACCUGGGAGAGUUGCUGGUCCCCUUCAUGCCCACCAUCAGAGUCCCCAAAACAGGAGACAGGGUCUACAAGAGCGAGUGCGCCUUCUCCUUCGACUCCCCGGAGUCUGAGGGAGGCCUGUAUGUGUGUAUGAACACAUUCCUGGGCUUCGGUCGGGAACAUGUGGAGCGACACUAUCGCAAAACAGGACAGAGUGUUUACAUGCACCUCAAACGGCAUGUUAAAGAGAAAGCCACAGGAGCUGCAGGAGGCGCCAUCCCCAGACGAAGAAACGGAAAAGUGUUUCUAGAUUUAGAGCUAAACCGGGAUUUUAACGGAGAGGACUAUGAGUAUGAGGAUGAGGCGAAGCUCGUCAUUUUUCCAGACCACUUCGAGAUCCCUUUGCCAAAUAUUGAGGAGCUGCCUGCUCUGGUGACCAUUGCCUGUGAUGCAGUACUUAAUGCACAUUCAGCUUACAAGAAACAGGAGCCUGAGUCUUGGGAGGAGGAGAUCCAGGUCUCCAGACAUGCCAGAAGCCUCAGACAGCUGGAUAACGGGGUCCGGAUUCCUCCCAGUGGCUGGAAGUGUCAGAAAUGUGAGAUGAGAGAAAACCUGUGGCUGAACCUGACCGAUGGCUCGGUUCUUUGUGGGAAGUGGUUCUUUGAUGGGAGCGGGGGCAACGGCCAUGCCCUGGAGCACUACAGAGAGACCAACUACCCCCUGGCUGUUAAACUGGACACCAUCACUCCAGACGGAGCAGAUGUUUAUUCAUUUGAGGAGGAAGAGGCUGUGUUGGAUCCCCACAUAUCAGAGCACUUGUCACACUUUGGUAUAGACAUGGUCCAGAUGCAGAGGAGAACAGAAAAUGGACACCACACAGACAAUAACCCCCGACCGCGUGUCAGUGAGUGGGAAGUGAUCCAGGAGUCGGGCAUGAAGCUGAAGGCAGUGUAUGGUUCUGGUUACACUGGCAUCAAAAACCUGGGCAACAGCUGCUACCUCAGCACAGUACUACAGGUCCUGUUCAGCAUCCCAGAUUUUCAGAGAAUGUAUGUAGGUAACCUUCAGAGGAUAUUCGACUAUUCCCCUCUCGACCCCACCCAGGAUUUUGCCACACAGAUGGCUAAACUGGGACACGGGCUGCUCUCAGGCCAGUACUCCAAACCCCCCAUGAAAUCUGAGCUCAUUGAACAGGUGAUGAAAGAAGAACACAAGGUAUUAAACGGGCACCUUCAGAGAGGGAUUUCUCCAAGAAUGUUCAAGGCCCUGGUCAGCAGGGGGCACCCAGAGUUUUCCUCCAACAGACAACAAGAUGCCCACGAGUUCUUCCUGCACCUCAUAAACUUGGUGGAAAGAAACAGCGCUGGCUCCGAGAAUCCAAGCGACUCCUUCCGUUUCUUGGUGGAGGAGAGAGUUCAGUGCUGUCAGUCUCGACGGGUUCGGUACACUCAGCGGGUGGACUACUGCAUGCAGCUGCCAGCUCCCAUAGAAGCAGCCUCCAAUAGAGAGGAGUUGCUCGCAUAUGAGGCCAAGCGGAAAGAAGCUGAGGAGAACACGCGAGCUCCUCCUGAACCGGUGCGAGCUCGGAUUCCUUUCACUGCCUGCCUUCAGGCCUUCACCGAGCCUGAAAACGUUCCCGACUUCUGGAGCUCGGCGCUGCAGGCUAAGUCAGCUGGAGUCAAAACUUCCCGUUUUGCUUCGUUCCCGGAGUACCUGGCUGUGCAGAUCAAGAAAUUCACAUUCGGUGUUGACUGGGUACCAAAGAAGUUUGACGUGGCCAUCGAUGUCCCGGACUUCUUGGAUCUGAGCCGGCUUCGAGCCACAGGACUGCAGACAGGCGAAGAGGAGCUGCCGGAUCUCCUGCCUCCCAUCGUGUUACCGGAAGACACCAGAGAUAACUCCAUGAGCUCAUCUGACUCUCCAGAGAUAGAUGAGGGGGCCGUUAUGCAGCUGGCAGAGAUGGGUUUUCCACUGGAGGCCUGCAGGAAGGCGGUGUACUACACAGGAAACAUGGGCCCAGAGAUGGCCUUCAACUGGAUCAUAGCCCACAUGGAGGAGCCUGACUUUGCCGAACCUCUCACUCUGCCCUCAAUGUUGGAGCCUCUCCCCUCCACCAGUGACAGCCCCAUGGGGGCGACUCCACUGGACAACUCACCCCCCGAGGAGAGCGUCGCCAUCCUUACAUCAAUGGGCUUUCCUCGCAAUCACAGCAUCCGCGCACUCAAAGCCACGAACAACAACCUGGAACGAGCCCUCGACUGGAUCUUCACCCAUCCAGCGGAGGAGGAGAGCGACGCCCUCUCAGACAUGGCGGACUCGCAGUCCAACGACAACACCUUUUCCAACCUCAACUCGCACAGCGACUCCACGCUGUCUCCAGACAGAGACAUGUCAGGCCCCAGAGUCAAAGAUGGACCAGGACGAUAUGAGCUGUUUGCCUUCAUCAGCCACAUGGGAGCCUCCACAAUGUCUGGACAUUAUGUCUGUCACAUCAAAAAAGAGGGAAGGUGGGUGAUCUACAACGACCACAAGGUGUGUUUGUCAGAGAGGCCUCCAAAAGACUUGGGCUACAUCUACUUUUACCGUCGCCUCUCGAGCAGUUAAAACCACUGCCUCCCUCCUUCCUGCGAAUCUUUAAAUAACUUCAGUCUUGUACCCAGAAAAACUGGCAGACACCUGAAACAUCAGCCGCAGCGGAAACGAUGGAAGAAACCUCACAGACCAGCUUCUUGCCUUAUCGUCAUCUCACACAGGAGUAACCAGGAAUACUGGUCCUAAAAGGAAAGCGAUGUGCUUUUUUUUGUGUGCGCAUUUGUUGUGUUUAUGCUUUAAAUGUAUAUUUCAUUGUUUAUGUUGAGAGAGAGAAAGAGGAAAAGAGGGGAAAAAUUGUGUAGGUACACAGGGACGCGUGCAAUUUCUACUUUUCUGGAAACAAAAUGAUGCGACAUAUCAGAUCAGGUUGUUCCUCCUCUCUGCCUUCAGCUGCUGUGCCGCACUUUCAGAGUGCUACAUUUUAUAAAUGUGUGCUUAGAUGGCAGCGCAACACUACCAGCCCAGAAAUGCUCAGAACCUGCAACAAAAGAAACCUGAUGGGUCUGUUGUCGAUGGCUUACAAUGAAUGUUUUUCCUUGUGGGGUAACUUUGAAUGCCAAGAAAAUUCUUCCAAAUGUAGGAAAGUGCCGGGAAGGUUGAAAUAAUAAAUGUUACCUAGACUGUAAAUAUACGGUAUUAGUUGCUGGAUUACAGCUGAACACUGCCCCAGAGAUGAGAGAACAAUCUGUGUUUUUCACUUUGACAAAGACGUCUCCGCUUCUCUCUGCGCUGACUGACCUACCAAAACUUGAUCCAUUUGUUUUGCUAAAAGCACUUUCAAACAAACAAAAAAAUGUGUUAUAUUCUGCAUUUGAUGCAGAAGAGGUGGAGUAACAAAAAUAUACAAGUGAAUGUGAUAUCUUAAGUUAAAUUAUUACUUAAACCACAUUAGUAUUUAAUGAAUGCCCGAUUGGAGCAUGUAGAGGCUUAUUUAAAUGAAUGCUAAAUCAGUGCUGCACCUAUAACUUGUACAAAAGUUUUUGGUCCUGAACUUUUUAAGCAGUUUUUUUGCUCAAAUUGCAAAUUAUUUGCUUCCUUUGCAAAUUUGAACUCAGCUGCACCUGCAGCAGUUUGGUUCCUUUAUCACGCCGACAGAUUCAGACUGUGACCCCAAAAAGGAAAAAUUUAUGUUUUCACUGACUUGUUAAAACUUUUUAGGACUCUUGUCGCAUUGAUACAUUUGAACACUUGUCUGGAGCAACACGCACUGCAACUAAACUGGAGGUGAAGGCUGCACACUGAUCUGUAUCUGUAUCUCCCCCGCUGCUUGUCCGUUGCCGAAUGUAAAAUUUAAUGGUGCUCACUGCAAACCGAAACCUCAUUUUCCACAAACCUACAGGAAUAAUUCAGCUGAUUAGUCUUUAGAAUCUAAUUGGAAUGUUUCCAAUAUGCAAGAUGCAUGGAGUUGUAGACUUUUACUGUUUGUUGCUGUCAAAAUCAUCUCAGAACUGGUGCUCAGAUCAUCUUUUAAUUUUAUAGUUUAGCUUGAACCAGUUAGUGGUAAAUAUACGGAGGUUUAAAAGAAAAUUUGUUUGAAAACUGUUUAGUCAUUUCAAUGCGAUCGAAUAGAAAGGGAUCAGACUGUACUGAGAACAGCUGGUUACCCCUCCCCCACUUGUUGCUGCACACUGCUCAGCUCUUCUACAUUCAGCUGUGGUGUGAAAAAGAAAAUAAAGUGCCCAUUACUCUUAUUAAUCAACUAAUGUCAGCUUGAAAUACUUGAGAGACUCUAAAAGAGCAGAACAGCAAGAAGGCAUAACAUUUUGUGCCAUAAGCACUUGGAAACUGAGUAAAUUUAAUUGUCCUUUGUUUCAUAGUUCGCUAUGCAUCAAAAGGGCAGUAAAAAUAAAUAAUUUAGCUAUUAAUCUAUGUAAUUUAUGUUUGCAGCGGCAAUUUAUGUUCAAGAAAAGCAAUUAUAUUGCAUUAUACAUUAUAUCUUUGUUGUUUUUAAACACAAUAAAACUGUGGUAUUUUAACUCAAGGUUAUUAUACCGGCAGUACGUCAUCUCGUACUGGCCCAUGCCUAUUUUUGCCCAUAAGUUUGACUGGAAUAGAAGCUGGUUUUGUUGGAUGCAUCUUAGCAAAAGACAAUGCAAUGUUACAAAGUGUUGGCCUUUUUAUUGUCCAUUGACAUGCUGUGUGCAGUAACUCAGUGGUCUCUAAAGCUGGAGUCAAAAAUCAGGAGGGGGGACGUCUUGAGAUCCCGUUCAGAAGUAAAAUCCAAAAAUGAUGGGAGAUAAAAAUGGAUAAAGACUGUAUAUUGGGUGCUGAUUGUCUUUAUUUGACAUGCUAGUGAUGAAUGGAUACUCCACCAAUAAACUGGUCACAUGUCUUGGUUAGUUUUGGGGAUCAGAAGCUGAAAGCUUUGGGAAAAACUACAGUGAUGCACUUUCAGCAUUUUUUCCCCCCAAAGAUGACCUCUGUGGGUUAUAAAGUUUAUGUUGUCCUCCAAAAGUCAAGUCUGGCUAUACAUGUAAUUCUGAACAUAUUGGUAGACACCAAACAACCAAUGUUAAAUUGGUGUUUUGUAAGAAAUUUGUUUGACAUAAAACAACCAAAACUGCUAGCUAGAAUAUGAUGGAAUGGCAACAAAAAAACAAAACGCUAAAUGGGCAGUGGAGUUUUUCCUCUGAUAAUCCUCAUUACAGAUGAAACACUAUUUGGACUAAGACUCAAUUUACAGGAUAAAUCUCAAUUUCCACUGUGCUCCUCUUUAACAACGCUGUGCCUAAACCUCUCUGGAAAAAUCUUAACUCACAAUCCGACCUCAGCCUCUCACUAAACUGCUGCUGUGUUUCUCGUCUAUGCAGCAGGAAAUAUUGCUAAAAAUCUCUAUGCAAGUCCUGCCUUUCCGCUGCUCAUCAUCAGCUGAAGACUGAUGAGGUUUUUGUCUCGCUCAGCUGUGGUCGGUUUAUAAUUGUGUCCUCACGUUCUGUGAAGUUUGUGCCACUUCUCUGUUUCUUGCGCCUGCCUGGUUAUAUAUUUCUCUUUUGUUUUUGUUUUUUCCCCCUUAUGUUGUUUUCAACUCUCCCUCUGCUCAGUCUGUUUUAGACUCCUUGUUCGAUUUGUUACAAAAAACAGGUUUCACAUUCAGCAUGUGGGCGAAACGUCAACAUGUAGUUGUUUUAGAUUGUACAAUGGUACAUUUGCAGGUUUUAUUCUUUUUAUUUUUUUCCAUUUACCUAAAACAUGUUCUUCACUUGUUUUUUUUCUCUCUGCUGCGUUUUUUGCAAAAAGAUUUGUGCCAUUUCUGUAGUUUUCAUUAGUUUUUUUUCUUUUUUUUGCUGAUGGGGAUUAUUUUAAGGUGACUUUUGUAAUGUAGCCGUUCAUCCAAAUAUGGCUUCACAGUACGUUAACGCCGUACAGUAUAUCCAGUGGCACUGUUUACUUUAUGAUGUUUGGAUAAUUUAAUAAACUCCACAUUUGUUGA